UUGAGCCAAAAGUCUCAGCAAUUCUUUGUCUCUAGCUAGACUCAUCGUUGUGGGAGAAAAUGGGUAUUCGCCUGGCGGAGAUACUGGUUCUUCGUGCUAAGCAAAUUAUUCAAUUGCGGUCUCAGUCUAAGCAGCGUCAAUUUUCAUCGGACAAUUAUACUGUUGAUGUUCCAAAAGGCCAUUUUGCAAUUUAUGUUGGAGAGGAAGAGGAGAAGAAGAAGCGCUUCGUAGUUCCAAUAUUCUACUUGAAGCAUCCUCUAUUCCAAGACCUGCUUAGUAAAGCUGCGGAAGAGUUUGGGUUUGAUCAUCAAAUGGGAGGCCUCACUAUUCCAUGUGCUGUGGAGGACUUCAUCAAUCUCACUUCUAGUUUAAAUAGCUAGCUCGAGGAUCUAAUAUUGUAAUUUUGGGCUCUUUCUUUUUUUUUUUUUUCAAUUUUAAUUUGCUAGACAU